AUGAAGGGAGAUGAGAUGGCCUACAGAGAUGAGCAAACCAUUCAAUACUGCUUCCCAAACAACAAUUUGUCAUGUACCAGAAAUCUUCACACUCCAACUAAUGUCUUGAUUCUCUCUCUGGCAGCGGCUGAUCUGAUGGCAGGACUCAUUAUGCCAGUGCAGGGCAUGAAACUCAUUGAGUCAUGUUGGUACUUUGGAGAAAUAUUUUGUUCAAUAUUUCCUCUCAUUCUCUACGUGAUUGUUACAGUAUCUCUUGGUAAUUUGAUCAUUAUAUCCGUGGAUCGGUACAUUGCUGUGAAUGACCCUUUGCGAUAUCCAAUAAGGGUAAAUAAUAACAGAGUUGUUUUCUCAAUUGUUGUAAACUGGUUAUUUUCCACCUUUUAUUCAUUUUAUCUCUUGUAUGACUAUUUACUGUUUCCAAAGAUAAACCACACAUGCAUUGGAGAAUGUAUACUUGCUGUCAAGUUGGAAAAUUUGAUAAUUGAUGCCAUUGUUUGUUUAGUGGCACCGUGUUGUGUUAUUAUUUCAUUAUAUGUGAAAAUUUGCUUUGUAGCUAAACAUCAAGCUAAACAUUUGAAUUCAGCCGCAGACAAAAAGGCCAGAUCAGAAAAAAAGGCUGCAAGAACCUUAGGAGUUGUAGUAAUGGUCUAUCUUCUUUGUUGGCUGCCAUACUAUUUAAUUACACUAUCUCUUGGGCAUGAUGAAAAUGACGCCCUUAUAAUUAAUGUAAUGUACUGGCUUUUGUGUCUAAAUUCAUGCAUGAAUCCACUUAUCUAUGCAAUGUUUUAUCCAUGGUUUAGAAUAUCCACAAAAUACAUUUUGACUCUGAAAAUAUUUGAACCAUCAUCAGAAUACUUUAAUCUCUUUCCAGAUGAGAAAUAA